AGAUAAAUAGAUCUUUUUGAGUGUGCGAAGCUGAGACUCUGAAGCAAAGAUAAUUUAAAAAUAAAAAAUAAUAGAUAAAAUACUCUCUCUCUCUUUAGAAAUACUUGUGUUUUGCUGGAGGAGAUUCGAUUUCGAGAGUGGUUUUGAUUGUUGCAGAGAGAAAUAAUGGAGGCUCAGUACGUUCGGAGACACCACAAGCACGACCCCAAUGACAACCAGUGCACUUCCUUCAUCUUCAAGCACAUCAAAGCCCCGAUCAAUCUCGUUUGGUCAUUGGUGAGGAGAUUUGAUCAGCCCCAGAAGUACAAGCCUUUCAUCAGCAGGUGUAUUGUGCAGGGUGACCUCAAUAUUGGAAGUGUUAGAGAGGUGAAUGUUAAGUCAGGUCUUCCGGCGACAAGGAGCACGGAGAGGUUGGAACAACUUGAUGAUCAGGAGCACAUCCUUGGAAUCAGGAUACUAGGCGGUGACCACAGGCUAAAGAACUACUCUUCAAUCAUCACUGUCCAUCCGGAGAUGAUUGAUGGGAGGCCAGGGACACUAGUGAUCGAGUCAUUUGUGGUGGAUGUGCCUGAAGGGAACACUAAAGAUGAGACUUGUUAUUUCGUUAAGGCCUUGAUCAAUUGCAAUCUCAAAUCCUUGGCUGAAGUCUCAGAGAGGAUGGGCAUGCAGAAUCGGACUGAACCCUUCAACCGAGUCUGAGUCGGUGGGUUGCCCUGGUGGGUUAAGGCAACGGAUGUUGUUGGACUUUGCAACAUGAUUGGUUGAGGCGGAUCUUAGAAAUUCUCUAUACAGUCUCACUUGUAGCUUUACCACUUUCACUCUCCUUGUUAUUUGAUCUUACUCGUUUGUUUCCUUUCCUUCAAAGUGAUACUGUGGUACACCUUUUGUUUGUAGGCUGAGGAGUUCAUGAAUGAGAAGAGAGCCGGAUUCUCUUCCACUGUUAUGUUCCUGAGUGUUAUAUAUGCAUCAUAAAUUUGUAAAUAUACAUGUAAAGAGUGUUUGUCUCUAUCGAUCAGAUCUUCAUGUCA